GCUCGCAUCAACGUCGUCGCUCAACUAUCCAAACGACACCCCGUUUUCACAAGAUUUCCAAAAACGUCAACAAUAUUCACUUCAUUUCAACAUCAAAAUUUUCAGUUCCGUUUCCUUCUCUCUUCAAAAUAAUUAUCGUUUUCACUGUCAAAUACUCGCGCACAUAAUUCAUACCCGUACACAACUAACACACACAUAUAAAUAAUUGAUGGAUCGGAGGAGGACCGGAAGUCCAGUGUACACGCGGCAGUGGAGCGGUACCUCAAGCAGCACGGGAUCAUCUUCACCGGUGAUGUCACCGGCGCAUCGUUUUAAUUCAAGCAUGUCAACAAUCAAGCGUACUCAAAACGUUGCCGCAAAAGCCGCAGCUCAACGUCUAGCUCAAGUGAUGGCGUCACAAACUACUGGAGACGACGACGACGACGAAGAUGACGAUCUAGGGUUUCGAUUCAGUGCUCCGCCACCACAUGCUCCCUCUAGUUUCAGUAGCAGUAACAAUAAUAAUAACAAUCACAGUGGAAGUAAUAAUAAUAAUAUUUUGAUUGGUAGACCUAAUAGAUCUCCUUCUCCUGCGUUAGGUCGGAACUUUGCAGAUCAUGUAACUGUACCUUCAGUGAGAUCAACAUCAGCUGGAAGGCCGUCGAUAACAUCGGUUCGAACGGGAGCAGCAGCAGCAUUGGUACCGCCUAGUAAAUCGUCUAUAAGAACUCCGGUUUCCAUACCUCCAAUUGAGGCUCCUAAUAAUAGGAUUAAUAAAGAAAAAAGGUUUUCGGUAGAUGCGAGACAGUUUAAGUCGAAAGAUGCAGGAGAUCAGCGUGAAGCUUCAGCACUUCGUGAUGAGCUUGACAUGCUACAAGAAGAGAAUCAGGCUAUAUAUGACAAGCUUCAUAGUGCAGAAGAAAGAUGCGAGGAGGCAGAAGCUAGAGCUAGGGAGCUUGAGAAACAGGUUGCAGCUCUUGGAGAAGGUGUCUCCCUGGAAGCCAAACUGUUGAGCAGGAAGGAAGCAGCAUUGCGCCAAAGAGAGGCUGCUCUCAAGGCUGCAAAACAAAAUAAAGAUGGCAAAGAUGAAGAAUUUGCAACUCUUCGUUCUGAACUUGAGAACUUGAAAGAAGGAGCUGCAAUAGCAUUAGAACAGUUUCAAGAAGCAGAAUCUGAGGCGAAAACUCUUCGAAAUAUGACACAGAGAAUGAUUUUGACUCAGGAAGAGAUGGAGGAAGUUGUCUUGAAGAGAUGUUGGCUUGCUCGAUAUUGGGGUUUAGCUGUACAACAUGGCAUUUGUUCUGAUAUUGCUGUAACAAAGCAUGAGCAUUGGUCAGCUUUAGCUCCUCUACCUUUUGAAAUUGUCAUUUCUGCCGGACAAAAGGCCAAGGAGGAGGCUUUGGAUAAAGAUGGUGAUGAUCCAGAUAGGGGUAAAUCUGUUCGUGAUUUGAGUGAUUUAACUGGGGAAGGAAAUAUUGAAAGCAUGCUUUCAGUUGAAAUGGGACUGAGGGAAUUGGCUUCUUUGAAGGUUGAAGAUGCUGUCGUUCUUGCACGGGCCCAGUACAGACGUCCAAGUUUGAGAUCAUCAGUUGAUCCCAAGUUUGCAGAGGCCUUUGAAUUAAGCGAGCAGGAGGCCGAAGAUGUUAUUUUCAAGGAGGCAUGGCUUACAUACUUCUGGAGAAGAGCCAAAAUGCAUGGUGUUGAAGAGGAUAUUGCAGAAGAGCGGCUUCAGUUUUGGAUCAGCCGCAGUGGACAGCCUCCUACUUCGCACGAUGCCGUGGACGUUGAGAGAGGAUUGUUGGAAUUGAGGAAAUUAAGCAUAGAACAGCAGCUCUGGGAAGCAUCUCGUAGAGAAAUUGAGCCGCCCACCUCUGGCUCAGUUGCCAAUCAUAAACGUACAGAUUCAGAAAUCUCUUAUUGAUUGAAUUUGCCUCUUUUUUGAAAAUUCUUUCUUCUCUAUUUUGUGUAGGUUGCUUGUUUCAAUUUAAUGCUUUUUUUUUUCUUGUCAAUGUUCAUAGUAUUUUUUUUUUACAUGCUAGAGGAAUUCUCCUUAUUACGCGGUUAUUUUCUUAUUUGGCGAUAUAGUUAGUUCUUGAUGCAACAAUCAAUGGUAUAGUCAUUGUAGCUCUUGACGAAAUUGUGGGAGUGAAAUGUUAUAUAUUGGAUAUGGAAGUGAAAUAGUUGAAAAUUGAAAUAUCAUUUUGAAUUUCAA